UUUCCUCCGUAAAGGCACCAUGAUGAGCUCCUCGCAAAGCACAGUUGGCAGUGAUCCUGUCAUUCUCGCUACAGCCGGUUACGACCACACCGUACGCUUCUGGCAAGCCCAUAGUGGUAUCUGUACUCGCACAGUGCAGCACCAAGACUCUGUAUCCUUUCCUGGCACUCCAUAUCAAGUGUAUACUCUCUGUUUGGGGGGCAUAGUAGACACAAUCAGUUUUCAUAACACGGCAAGCAUAAUUGCUGAGAGUCGGAGCCCUGCAGUUUUGUUAAUCAUAAAAAAGCUGAUAAUGUGCUGAAAAUGAAACUCAUUCAGGACUAGUGUUCAAAAAGGUUUUUCUAUAAAAGGAUAUACCGGUAGUUUCAUUAAAGGUCAUUUUAUGGCUACAAAAUACAUAUUUUGUAAUGCAAUUGGAAGAAAAUAUGCAUUUGUUAAUUUUUCAGACUAACUGCCUAAAAUCUUUCAUUUUCUUAGCUGCAGCACAAGCUCCCUUAUUUGUGCUGGGCAGUGUCCAAUUAAAUGCUUCUUGUUGACACCAACUUAAAUAGUUUGGUAAAUAUACUCUAAUUAUAUAUGAAAGCUACAUAAAUAUACAGGCAGAAUAGAAUCGAGCAGUGAGAUUGCAGGGGCAAAAUCUAUGCACCAAACCUCUUUCAUUAAAGGAACACUAUAGUCAUCUAAACAACUUUAGCUUAAUGCAGUGUUAGUGUAUAGAUCACGCCUCUCAGGUUUCACUGCUCAAUUCACUGUCAUUUAGGAGUUAAAUGACUUUGUUUCUGUUAAUGCAGCCCUUGUCACACCUCCCUGGCUCUGAUUGACAGAGUCUGCAUGAAAAAAAAACUGGUUUCACUUUCAAUCAGAUGUAAUUUACCUUAAACAAUUUUAUCCCUUGCUUUGUAAAUGUAACUUUAAUCACAGGGUCUAGCAAGCUAUUAACAUAGCAGGGGAUAAGAACAUCUAAAAUAAACAGAACUUGCAAUAAAGGAAGGAUAGACCUUAGAUGACUCUUUACAGGAAGUGUUUAUGAAGGCUGUGGAUGUGUGACUAGGGUUCAUAAACAAAGUGAUUUAACUCCUAAAUGGCAGAGAAUUGAGCAGUGGGACUGCAGGGGCAUGAUCUAUACACCACAAACUGCUUCAUUAACCCCUUAAGGACACAACAUCUGGAAUAACAUGGAAUCAUGACAGAAUAUUUCCAUCAUGUGUCCUUAAGAGGUUAAGCUAAAGUUGUUUUGGUGACUAUAGUGUCCCUUUAAGGUAAACAAGAAACAAGCUUGACAAAGCCCUCCUGUUAGGUCGAAACGUUGCUGUGCAUUUUGUUGCAAUAAAUCUGCCUGCGGCUUCACAUUUGGAGUGACUGUGAGUUUUUCUUGUUUACCUUGUCGUGUUGGGAUUGCUGGUCCUGCUCCGGAGCACCUGUGGACGUUGGGAGUGAGUGCGGUUCCUGCGAUCUACCUUGCUAUAUAGUGUCCCUUUAAGCUAACUGGGUUUUAAUACUUAUAGUGUCCCUUAAAAACCCCUUUAUUUUUUUAAAUUGAAUAUACUGUUUUUAAAGUAAAUACUUGUUUUUGAGCUCUUUUCUUUCAAUAGUUAACAGAAGUUAACAGAAUUGUUAUUUUUUCAGGCCUAAGCUUAAAGCAACACUCUAUGCACUAUAGAAUGACUGCUGCACUUCUACAUUAUCCAUCCCCGGCUAACCAAGCUUAGCUGCCAUGAACAGACUGCAAGUACCUACCUGCAGAGGAGACAGCACCUCAAGGUGUCACCUCGUGGUUAGGGUACCUCCUUCAAAUCCCAUUUUAAUGUAAUUAGAAUUGAGCAUGUACCUCAAUAUAUAUGUUGUCCAAUAUGUGUUUUUACGUUGGAGCCCUGUGACAGCUAACUGUGACACCAUGGUUUUAUCUGAUCUGCAUUUCCUGAGAUGCUGUACUGCCGAUAAAAUGUCCCUUUGGGUGUUUGAUCUAAGCAGAACUGUACCUUUUCUGAAAUCCUCACAUAUUUAGCCUCUUAUGUAGGGUGGACUUCUGCAGAGAAAUGCUGUUUAAGUGCAUGUCAUUCACUGUGGGGGUUUGAUUAAUUUACAUGGAAUGCCCUGGCUGUGCCAAGACAGACAGCCCAUUUCAUAUAGUAAAAAGGCAGAAAAGUAAGUGAAUAAAAUCCCUCACUCACGAAAAACUCCAAAAUUAAAUAAGCAUGGAUAUACUGGUUUUCAUCAUACUUAUAGCAGUUCAAUAGGUGCAAUAACCGGGUUACCUUCUUGGUGCUGGAAUCCUCUCAUAAUCAAAUUAUAUUUCACACAGAACACAUCCGCACUUAUAGGGAAUCCCCAACAAUACAUCAGGAUAAAAUCGUAGAAAAAGAAUGCACAUUUAUUGUGGGGGACAUCCCGGUCCCCACAGGACAUACAGACCUGAAUGGACAGCAAGUAGGCCAGCUACAGAGAGUGGCGGGCAACAGACCCACAAAGAUCAGCCAAAAUGGCUGCCCAGCCGGCCGGGACACUGCGCUAAACCUCUUGGGCAAAAGCUCCCACCAGCAUACAAGCAGUGCCGGGACUAUAAAACGAGCGACGCACACAAAUCUCUCAUCUGACCAAUACCCCGGCGACCAGCACAGCAUGAGGCACACCUUCCCACUCAACGCAACACAAUUUGGCAAACGACACAAUUUGGCAACACGGCUGCACACCACGGAGGGAAUUACCGGAGCUGAUCCACGAGGGGGGGGUGAACACCAGGCCCUGUGGCCGCAAUGAAGGAACUAAUGGAAACAACACACGGGACUUGCCAAUGCUGGGUGUGGGCUGAGGCGCCUACCAUGCCGCCACACAGGUGUUCUUAUGGCAUGGACGGUUCCAAGACUUGGCAUCAGCAGAACACUCAGACUUGAGUCUAAUACAGGCCCCACGUUGAUUAUACCCCCAGGUCAUUGCGGACUUAUCAAAACAACGCUAACUAAGAAGAAAAACAGAUCCCUGUUGGUUUAAUGUUCACUUAAUCAUCGUCAAACAGUUCACACUUAUGUUUAGAAUAUACAGCGAUGUUACCCUCCAGUAUGGGCUGGAUAUAGCUUUGUUAUUGGUACUCCACUGCAUCAUAGCCCAUACAGGAGCAGUGCAACCUGUCUAUGCACCACACACAAGCCAGCUAGUAUCACUCUACCACAUUAUAACUACACUAGCAUAGCUAACCUAGCACUGUUAAACGUUAACUACCUUACUUUAUUCUGACGUUACCACUGUUUAGCCAAGCCUGAUAUAACUAUAUAUAAAACUCUGCGACUUCUCAUGCCACUAACUAUUGUCAAUCUUGAAGCACGCUGAUGUGGCGUAUGCUGAUAUCUUGUAACCACCUGUGCAACAAAAAUUAAAAGUCCAAAACCUGAGCAUGGGACCACCGGCAGCAGCUGUACAUGGGAGAGACCACUAAAGAAGCCGACCCUAAAGAAAGAUUAGAGAACCCCUGGACGCGUUUCGCACCGCUCUGGGUGCUUUCUCACAUCCCAUUUCAUAUAACCCAACUUACCAUAAAAAAUGCUCAUAUUUUCACAGAAUAUUUGUGUGAGCAAAGCUGGAUGGAUACUAAGAAAUGUAUUGCUACCUGUGCUGAUCUAUGGGUGCAAUGUAUAAAUUGCCUUUUCCAUUUAAAGACAUUGCAUAGAAAACUUAGAAGUGUUCUCAUAAAGGAAAGGGCCAUUGAUACAAGUGUUGACUGGGUCCCUCUAGUGGCCAUAGGUGCUACUGCAAAGAAGUAAAUGUAAUUACUAUCUUCACAUCCACUUUUAGCCUUAACUAAAACCUUUAGCAAGUGAAUGCCCUUGAAGUUACCCCUGAUCGGUGCCUGAUUGCAGCAGCAGGUAAGCAUGUGAUGCUUUUUAUUUAUUUUUAUUUUUAGCUUGCACUUGUUUUGUAACAACAAAGGCUUUUGACCAUGUCUGCAUGACUUAUGUAUCAUGUCUUUACAAGUGUAAUCAUUGUUUGCGUUUUCAUAAUGAGUGUUAGAACGAGUGCACAGAUAGGCAGUACUGCCAGAAAACACAUUUCACUCCCUUCUGUUUGCCCGCAGGAUAUCAGCAUAUCCGCAUGUAUGAUCUGAACUCCAACAACCCAAACCCUGUGAUUAAUUACGAUGGAGUGAGUAAAAACAUCACCUCCGUGGGGUUUCAUGAAGAUGGACGUUGGAUGUACACCGGAGGAGAAGACUGCAUGGCUAGAAUCUGGGAUCUGAGGUAACACACCAUAAAAUAUUAAUAGAAUUGCCGGCACCUUAAAUAUUGUAACUUAAUAGACUGUCAGACUGGUUUAAAGCUCAACUUAUCGAACGCUGUCUAGAGCAGAUUCUGGGGAUGUGUCAAGAAAAAAAAAAAUUAGAUUGCAAGCUCUUUAGAUAAACUGGGACUGUGUAAGGAGAACCCUAACAGAUUGCAUGUGUUCAAUGCCAACUGGGAUCAUGUCAAGAAUAAGCAGCAAACCGAUCACAAGCUUUUUGGAACAUACUAUGGGACUCUAUCAUAGCAGGCAAUGUCUGUUUUUAUAAAUUCUCUGUUGCAGAGCAUCUAGUCGUGUUCAUGUUUGGGUAGAUUGGAUGACUUUUUUCUUUUAUCAUUCCAAUCUUCUUUACAUACCACUUUGAGUGUGCUGGUCAAGGCCAGCCACCACACGCAGCCAUAAAGACUAGCUUCCUCUUACUCUGAGCACACCAUCCUUAGAAUAUUUCACAUGUACCUGACUUCCUCUUAAUUGACUGCAUGUCAUAUAUAAAUUCAGGACCUGCUGUAGAUAACUCAAAAUGGUCCAUUCAUUCCUAAAUUGAUUUAAAUGUCUUGUAGACUUUGUCCUGAAUUCUCUCAGGAUACAAAUGCAUAGAACUAAAUGCACACCGUCCACUUGUAUAUAGAAAUUACACCUUUAUUAAACAGAAUAUAAAAUAGUAUAUGCAAAACUAUUUUUCAGUGCGUCUAAACAUGUAUAGAGAAUAUUAUCUGUGAAAAUAGCACACACAUAAUGAGGAAGGACACAGUGUACACACCAAAAACCAAACACAAAACAAGAACCCACAAGAAAAAUGGGGAAAAAGCACAAUUUGCGGUUCAGGACUGAUCUAAUUAGUGUUAUCUUCAAUUGAUAACCAGGAAGAAUACCACCCCAUCUUUUCAACUCGGUGUUCUUCAAGUAAAAAUUCUCUCUGUCCCUGACAAAGCCUUUUUUAUUCUCUAAAUAGUAAUAGGUUUGUUGAUUGUAUCGGUCUCAUCCCCUUUAGGAAAAAAACGCAGUUUGGAUGUGAAAAGUUUAGGUGAAUGCUCGGUAUUCCCUGAAAAGUUGUUCUACGUGAUUUGAGUUGACAUUUUUGGAAUCAGUCUGCAUUAAAUAUUAUAUCUCUCUGCUUUUGAGGUGACCAGGCCCCGUAAACUCUCAAAUCUGUUUAUAAGAAAGUAUGUAGUUUUGCAUAUGUGCAUUGUGAGCUCAGUGCAGUUUUCCAGAAAACCUCUUUCUGAUACUAGUCUUCAAUAACAACCAGUAAUUCAAGUUUAAGAGAUCUUAAUGAAGUUAUUAAUUAAAAGCAAGAUUUCUUUUGUUCUCCCCAAGAAGGGGAGAAAACUCACUGUUUUGAAAACUCACUGUUUCUCUGUUUGCAGGUCUCGUAAUCUCCAGUGCCAGCGAAUAUUCCAGGUGAACGCUCCAAUCAACUGUGUCUUCUUACAUCCCAACCAGGUAUUUUAUGGACAAGAUGGGUUGUCCCACAGGUCCUCCAGUUAUUAUUUGUAAAAUUGUCUGCACCUCAAGAUGUGUCACACGUAGUAGUUCAGUACAAACUGGCUACUUAAAGGAACUCUCUGGACCCCUAAAGCACUUUAACUUACUGAAGUGCUGUAUGUGUGUGCAGAAUUUGUCCUUUUUUUUUUUUUCUUUUUCUUUUUUUUUAUUAUUAUUAUUUUACAAAAAGUGUAGAUAUCAAUAGAAAUUUGCACUUUUUUUAAAUUAACCUUGUUAUACUCCUUUGGUGUUCAAGCAGAGAACUGUUCCUGUUACUUCCUGGUUUGGCUAGCUCAGUAGAGCUAAACUCAAGAGGCAGAAAUUGCUCAGAGCACCUGACUUGCAAAGACUUCUCAUUGAGCUGCAUUGAGAAGUCUGUAAUUGGACAGCCACAGAAAGUCUGGGCGGGGUUAGAAGGGGAGGGAUUGCAAAGGCAGCUGACAUGAGAACUGCAGCCUUUGCAAGAUGUUAUGAGCGAUAACUCCAUUAAAAAAUACAUAAUUAAGGGGGGGCGGGGUCUGGCCGCCGACGGGAUCAGACGCGUUCUGUCUGAGCUCCCGCUCCAAGGCCCAAAAACCGGAGCAAAUUGGAGGAUAACCGCGACCGGAGGGUCCCACAGAUGUCCACAAGGACCCCCAGUCACUGGGGAAAGCGGGGAUGCCGCAUGGGUCCCGGUCCGGCACCGACAGUAACCCGGCCGGGCUCGGAGUUCGUUGGGGCUUGAGCCAGGAAGGGACGGCCGCUUUCCUGGGUCUCCUGGCCGGCGGUUCGCGUCCGCCCCCCCCCCUGGACCGGGGGGGUCAUCCCGGUCUGCAGAGGUACCAACCAGCACACCAACCUUGGCCCAAUCAACCACCCUAGCAGGGAACAUCACCCGGGCGACAGUACACAAGAUGGCCGCCGAGCGCCGGCCAUGUGCGCGAGCUGCCAGAGAGAUCAAGAUGACGCCUGCUCAAAAAUGAGGAAAACAACGCAGUCAAAGAGAAAAGCACCCACUAUUAUCCUACCAGUCUACUACAGGGCAGUAAAGCUCAUGGACACUGCAAGCAGGAUCAAGUCACACUCUCAUGGAAGUGCCGGCAGCAGAACUCGCCUAGACAGCACUCACCACACAAGGAGACAUGACAGAGUGCAGUGGGGAGGUUCACAGGUCCAUGGACCGGAAAAUCUCGGGGUCCCACUAAUGCUGAACGCCCUGCUGCAGCCCAUCGGUGGUACUGGGUGACAACUGGAUAAAGCGGCUCCUGCUAACACACAGCAAGAUCAUCUCCAGCAAUGUAAAGACUCUUGUUAUUCUCAAUGUCAGUGCUACCCUCUUUCCACGAUUACAGAACACAGAGGUGUUAAUAGCUCUGUGUCCCGAUAACCACUCCUAGCUAGCAACCACCUUGACUAAUUAGCUCUGUUGGCCAGACUUAUCCCCUAGCACUGUUCUGUCUACCCAUGCUAUUGUAUGACAAGCACUUAACUCAUUGUGUUCACUUAGUCACCUGUGUAACAUGUUAGGAAAGCAAGCCCAGGUGUACACAUAUAUACCUGCAUAUAAACAGACUUACACCUGAACAUCACUUAUGAUACAUACUAAGCAUGGACAGCUCAUAUCUCACACUCACUGCGCCCACUAGCUAAACAUGCCUAAUUAACCUGUUCAUUAACGUUGAAACUCUGCUCUUCACGCGUCAUUACUAGCCUAGUCUCGAACUACCUAAGCUUGUGAAAUGUACUUUGUCAGUCUAUACCAUAUUCAAAAUGUGCACUGUCCAAUCACUCCCCACUGUAUCUAUUGUUGUUGAAAUUAGCGAGUGGACUGCCGGUGGGGUACCACAAGCAUUAUUGUUCCAACUGUAUGCACUACAAAAAUAAAGAAUUAUAAAAAAAAAAUACAUAAUUAAAAGCAUGCUUAUUUUCAUUUUGGGUAUAUCUACUAAACAGUGAUUUAAAAAAAAAAGUUAAAAAAUUUGGUAGUGGAGUGUUGAUGUUUUUUAAUGUGUUGAGUCAAAAAAAAAAAAAAGUUUUACUGUUUUUAAUUUUUUUUUUAUUUUUUUUUUCCCCAUAAUCUUUCCAUAUAUUUGUUAUAUGGCAUCCACAAAAGACUAUUUUCUCAGUGCAUGGCCAACACGGACCACCCAGCUAAACCUUCCUCAUACUGUGGAGGCAGAGAGGAAGGAAGCAGGAAUUCCAACUUCGGAUUUUAACUGUUGCAAAGUGGUGUGACACUCCUGCCCCCCUAAUAACUUUAAUGAGCUGCAGUUGUUACAGGGUAGGAAUCUUCCUUUGAAGGGGUACUAUAGGCACCCAGACCACUUCAGCUGAUUGAAGUAGUCGGAUUCCCCUUAGCCUGCAAUAGCAAUUAUUGCAGUUAUUGAGAAAGGGUUAAUUCCACCACUAGUGGCCAUCUUCCAGAAAGGCACUAGAGGGACUUCUGGGUAGGUGACACUCUGGCUGCCUAACUGAUGCUAGACGUCCUCACGCUAUGCAUGAGGACAGCCAGCAUCACCCAAAUCUCAAUGGAAAAGUAUACUAUCCUUUCCUAUGGGGCUGUCCUAAUGUGCUUGUGGUGCUCCCUGGAAGAGCCAAGUAAGAGCCUGAUCCAGCGCCGUGGGUUUGUAUUCCUAGCCUAUAGUUUCCCUUUAAUUUUAUUUCAAUAGCAGGCCCCUUUUAAAGUGAUCUGUCAUUUACAAAGCAUGUGUAUGACAAGUUCAAUCUGCGGUAGGUAUAGAUUCAGUCUAUUCUGCAAGUCUCACCAGCAAAAGAAUAAACUAAAAUAUAUAUUUACAUGAUCACAUAUUCCUCCUCAACCAUGUGGCCUCCAGAUAACAAGUGUGGCCCCUAGCAGGGUGAGAAGGGGCUGUGGGAUGCCUCAACAAGUGGUAUGGCUGUGUGCAUUGCAGCUUGUGGCUAGCAUGUUUGUAAAACAAAUUCUAUAUAUAGUUAUAGCUUCAACUAUACAUGGAACUUGCUUUUCUAUAAAGUGCAGCUCAUGCCCAUCGUAGGGGAACCCUCUUUUCAACAAUUACAUUUAAAUGUCGCACUAGGAAAGGACAGUUAACCUGCAGGUUUAAAUUACUGCUGACGGAGAAUCAUGGGAGUUGUAGUUCAGCACCUGGUGUUUUGCGGUUUGUCAAGAGAUUGGCAUUUAAACAAAGCAUCUUGGUGUCACCAGUAAGCUACAGCAAAAAAAAAAAAAAGAGCAAAAACUCUGCAUUUCAAGCAAUCUUGUUGAUUCCAACUUGGAUACAAAUCAUUAUUUUCAUUCUUGUGGAGAACGGCACAUUUGUCUUUGGUUCUGCACUUGCUGUUCCCCUGUGACCUCCUGAGCCUCCCAUUUCCUCUGUUCAUGUCAGGUAUGAUCCUGCGAUUCGGUCUAAUGUGACAGAUAAACUUGUGAUCACAAUGGUACCUUGUUACUGGGGCGACUCUCCCUACACAAAGCUCCAUUGUUCCCUAGUAUAGCAUGUGUGCUUUGCUCUCUUCCUACCCCUGAGAGGGCAAAAACGUGUUCUCUGUGCAUCUUGUGCCGGUUUGAUUUUAACCCUUGGGUGCGUGAAAUUUAAACAACUAACUGUUGGCAUUUCUAGUAUAGUGACACUUCUUCCAAUAGGUUACAAUGUUCAAUUCAAGCAUCAUCCACGGUACUUCAUUGUAGCAGUAAUUGCGCAGAGUCUUUGGAUUUCGUCAGAUUUAGAGGUUUAAUAUAAAACAGAAUUCCUCAGCACCUAAAGCAUGUCAACCUAUUUUCUGAGUUCACAAAGAAGAAUUAACUAAGAAAGUCCUGCGAGUGGCUUAGUCCAACUAAUUGAACUGCACCCAAAGACUCAUUGCACUGUAACUAAUAGAACAAACUGUAGUUGUUUAAAGUUUUCCUUUUAUAAAAAAACCACAAAAAAAAAAGUUGACACCCCCUAAAAUAGACUUGUCACCUAAACUCAAAGAUUUAAUUAUCUUUAAAAAAAAAAACUUAAAUAUUUAAUGUACAUGAAAGGUAGUGUUUCAGUUUUGAAAUGUUAUGUCAUUUAUGUCACACAUUCACUUUAUUGAUUUCUUUUUUUUGUAAAUAUAAUUUAUUUUUAUUUUUUUUGUUCAGUUUGUCGGAUACAGGGAUGGGGUCACGUUUUGCUUCAGGACUCGCAGGUCCUCCACAUAUCGAGGAUAUAGGAGAAUGGCAGUUAUUAAUGUGUACAUUACGGUGUGGGCACGCAGGCCCUCUGUGUUUAUAGGACACGCAAGUCCCGCAUGCAUGAACCUUUUAAUUGUAGUGGGGGCACUGUGUCGGUUUCUCAGUAUGUCUUAUUGGUUUGGUCGUGGUCUGGACGUGGCCUAGGUCUGAUAGUUAGUUCCCUUACGGGAUCUGUGCGUGUCCAGUGGGCCAUAUUCGGGCUAGCCCCUGCGAUGUGGUGUGGUUCGUGGUGGGUUCACCUGUUCCUGGUGAAUAAGUGGUUUGUGGUGCCCCAGUCACGUCCCGUAGUGUUUUAUUGUGGGUGUUGGUUUCGAGGCGGUACGUGGGGUUCCUCCAAUCAAGGUCUCCCUUACUUCCCGGUGUAGGGGGGUCCCCUAUUGGAUCUCUGCCGCCUGGUUAGGUUGUAAGCCAUAGGUGGGGGUAUUGUGGGUGUGGGGGAAAAUGAGUUGGGGUGGAUGGUGGGAUGUCAGAUAUGCGUCGGUGUCCGGUGUUUGGGUUGCAUUGGGAUCUGUGGUCAGUCUCUGUCGUCAAGUCGUUGUCUGGUUUCGUCGUCUUCAGUAACCAGUGUGUCCAUGUGUUUAGGUAUGUUUGUUGUGUGCCAGCUGCUGUGCUGUUUAGUUCCUCAAGGGAUCUUAAUUCCUCCAUUUGGGAGAACCAGGUUCUCAGUGAUGGAGUGGUUGGGUGCUUCCAGUGUUGCGGUAUCACUGAUUUGGCUAUGUUCAGUCUGCGUAUUGUCAGGGAUUUCUUGUAGAGGGACUGCGGGGUCUUGGUGUGGUGAAGUAGCAUUUCUGCUGGUUUGAGGGGUGGUGGGUCGUCCAAAAAGAGCUUCAACAUUGUGUGAAUCCCCUUCCAGAACGGGCGGAUCUUUCUGCUUUCCCACCAGAUCUGUAGGGGUGUGCCAUUCUCCUCCUCACAUCUCCAGCAUAGUGGUGUGUGGUCUGGUGACAUCGCAUGUAGUGUCGUGGGGGUGCGGUACCAGAGAGUCAAUAAUUUGUACGCCGUUUCUUGUCUUUCUGUAGCUAGAGCAGUGGUGUGUGUGAGAGCAGAAUUUUUUCCCAUUCUGCCCUGUCGAGGAGACCCCAUGGGCUACUGGGUCUGGGUCUAGACAGGCUUCUUCGAAUGUAGUGGGGGUUCUUGAUAGUAUCGCCCCUUGUGGGAGUGUUGCAAUGUAGCUCUGAAUCUGUUCAUAUUUUAGCUGUCAGGAAGGUACUGUCUGCAUCGCCUCGUAGGUCGCUUAGUGUCUUAAUGCCUUCAGUUGUGUACACCUGUCUGUCUGGGCAGUGGGUCGUGUACUGUCAUUUUGAUGCUCUCGGAUCUAGUCCUGGUGGGAAAUCCGGGUUGUGUGUCAGUGGGAAUAGGGGUGAUGGGUACGAUGAAAGGCCGUGUUUCCCCUGUAGUGUGGCUUUCGUGUAUGUCUUCGCUCCUCUUGGAGCCCCCGGCGGUGGGACACUUUAUUGAUUUGAUGGUGAAAAGGUUGACUUUCAGAUUCAAUAAACCUAAUUUAAUGACAUUAAAUUUCCCCACAGGCUGAGCUUAUCGUUGGCGACCAAAGUGGGGCAAUUCACAUCUGGGACCUAAAAACUGACCAUAACGAGCAAAUUAUUCCAGAGAACGAAGCCGCUGUCAACGCAGUCCACAUAGAUCCAGAUGCCAGUUAUAUGGCCGCCGUAAACAGCGCUGUGAGUAUCAGAAAUAUUGGUUAGGGAAGAGUGUGAGUGGCUGUAUUUUUAUUAAAAAUUUUUUUUAUUUUUGUGAAUAUCUUUCAUUCUAGGGCACCUGCUUUGUUUGGAACCUGACAGGCGGACUCGGGGAGGAUAUAACUCAGCUCAUCCCGAAAACCAAAAUACCAGCUCACAAACGUUGUGCUUUGAGAUGUAAAUUUAGUCCAGAUUCCACGUGAGUAUAAGCACAUAUAACAUAAAAAAUUACUGCAUUCUAAAAGCACGUGUGUUUGUUUUUUUGUUUUUUUUUAAUGCUUUAUUCCUUUUAAUAUUCAAGUUUUCACAAUAUCUGUGGGUGUCUUGUGUUUAGAAGGUUUCAAAAAGAGAAAACAAGCACAGUGGGAGAAAGAGGAGCUGAAUUAUGAUACACAUACACUGAACAGCCACAACAGUAUAAAACCACCUGGUUAAAUAGGUAUUAUAAGUGCCAGGAAUAGCACUAUAUCUCCCUCUGUCUCCCCAAUCCCUCGCGCCCCCUCCCCCCUGCGGUAAAUAAAUGUACUUACCUUAUUCCAGCGCUGAUGUCCCUCAGGGCUGGGUCACGGCUCUGUCUCCUCAUCUACCCCAAGGUGAGCGUUAAAUCAAUGCUUUCCUAUGGGGACGUUAGGCUGUUCAGUGUCCAGAUACUGGACCAAAGGUCCGUUUGGAUGCAGGAAGCAUCUCCAGUGGAGUGCUGCAAUGUAAACUUUGCUGUUUUUCUGGAACUGUAAUGUUUAACAUUGCAGCACUAAGGGCAAUAGGGACACGGCACCCAGACCACUUCACUGAGCUAUAGUGUCCUUUUAAUACUGUGUAGGUUCACCUUGUCCUGUGGUAUCUGGCACCAAGAGAUGGGGCCUCUAUGGAUUGGAAUUAUUGUUCCAACACAUCCCACAGAAUCCCAAUCUGAUGGAGAUCUGGGGAAUUUGGAUUCCAGAGCAAAAGUCACUCAGAUCUUUUAGUUUUCCCAUUUUUCUUGAUUCCAACACAUGAACUUCAAGAACUGACAGUUCUAAUAAUAGUCAACCGUUGACAUUGUAACGAUAUAAUCAAUGUUAUUCACUACACCUGUCAGUGGUUUGAAUGUUGUGGCUGAUUACGUGUAAGUUGUGCUUUUAAUGUUACCGUUGCAGGUGAUAUGGUUACAGUUAAGUGUUUGUUAGUCCACCUAUUGUACAGUGCUAUAUAAAGAAUAUAAUAAUAUGUAAACUCCCCUCUUACUUUUAUCCCAUUCCUCCCUCUGUUCUCUGCUCUUCCAUUCUGCUCUCUUGUGUACACUCUGUUACAUAUUUGGUUUUUGAUACAAAGAUCUUUUUAGGACCCUGCAGGAUCUAACCCAUGCCCAGUGACAUGCAAUAGAAAGACUAAAUAUAUUGAAAUAGCCAGUUACAGCUGCUUGAACCUUUUACUAAAAAUCAGCUUGCCCAUGUGAUGCAGUUGCUUAUUAUAUUUGUGAUUUCUUCUGAUCGCUUUGGAAUUUUAAUAAAAUAUUCUGUCAUAUAAAAAAAAACAUACCUUUCCUUUAUGCAUUCUCUGGAUGUACAAUGUGUUUACAAAAUAAACCUGUAAAUUCAAUGUCCUCACUUAUUUCUUGUAUUGUCUAAACCUCAAUAAAACGUUUCAUUAAAAAAAAUAAAAAAAUUUUUUCAUAACAAAUAAAAGCAAGCAUGUAAGGUACAAAUUCUCUUCAAACAUGACUCUGUUUUCAUUAUUCUAGCCUGCUUGCCACGUGCUCUGCUGACCAAACUUGUAAAAUCUGGAGAACGUCAAACUUUUCCCUAAUGACUGAACUGAGCAUCAAAAGCAAUAACCCUGGGGAGACGUCACGCGGCUGGAUGUGGGACUGCGCAUUCUCUGGCGACUCUCAGUACAUUGUUACAGGUAAAGUCCUCCACAGUUCAUAUCCUAUAUUUCAAUAUUUUUUGCGGCUGUAUUUUGAAACAAUUUCCAUCUGUGUCUAUCUUGCCUUUAAUGGUUACACCAUGCACCAUAGCCAUAUCAGUAUUUUUAAGUGGUCCUAGUGCAAGGAUCUGUAUGUGCAGCUUUCUGUAUGAAACACUGAACAUACUGAGAGAGUUCAUAAGCUUCCUGGAGAGGUAACUCCUCUAGCCAGCCCAGAAUGGGUAACAUCGACGCUUAUUUCUAUUCAGUGAAGUUCAUUCAUUGGAUGAGAGAGCUCAGCUGAUUCUCUUAGCCAAUGAAUGAUCGUGCGGCCGGCGGGACCAAGGUAAGAGUUAAACCUCUGCAAACUGGUUUGCCCCAUUACCAUGGAAUGGUGCCAGGGCGCUCCUGGCAUUAAACCACUACAGUAUGCUGUAUUGGUUAUAUUGCCCGGGGUAAGCCAUACUUUUAAACACAUUGUACAAAUAAAAACCCUUUUAAUCCACACCCAAAUGCAUCGACUCCUGCAAAUUGAUUAGUUUUGGAAAAAGCAAAUUUUUGAGCAAGUCUAGAGUAAACUAAAAAGUUUGUAAGCAUUUUCCCACCUCACAAACUAGGAGUUCCUUUCUGUAUUACAAAGAUAUUCGCAAAUUUUUUGUUUUUAUCACAGCCCUCUUACUGGCAAUAGCUAUAAGAUGGAAGAUAGCUUACCCAUAGCCUUGCAUUAGUUCUCGGAUUACAACCCCUAUAACCCUCAGACAGCAAGUGCUGCAAGUUUUCUUACCUGUGGUGUCAUGAAAGUGAAAUGUGAUUAAUUUUUGAAAAUGUAAGCGUGAAACUGGCUCACUAAAUGAACCUGUUGGUUUUUAUCCCCAGCAUCUUCUGAUAAUCUGGCGCGGCUGUGGUGCGUUGAAACCGGCGAGAUCAAGCGGGAGUACAGCGGACAUCAGAAAGCAGUGGUGUGCCUUGCCUUCAAUGACAGUGUGUUGGGAUAAAUAUCUUGGGUGUUCCGUGACAUUUGUGCAACGCUGCUAGAAGAAAAGGUUUAAGCCUUCAACUAGUGGUGUACCGCGGCAGUCCAACACUAGUCCUCGUGUAAAGAAGAACAAUAUCUCAUCAUAGCACUGGAAACCGAAAUUGUGCAUUAUGCUGUCAAGUUGUAUAACAUCACUUAACAAGUCAGCAAGAGUAAUCCGUGCCCAGUGCUAGAUCUCCUGCCUGCGGCUAGCAAAGCAUCAUGGGAGACUGAGUUCCUCUACAGCUGGAGAGCGUUUCCUGUUACACAUUACCCAACCCCUGCUGGGCAUUGGAAAUCUGUCUCGGGAACAGCUGGAGAGCCACCUGUUGCUUCCACAAGACCUCAGCUCUGCUGGCAAAGCAUAUUGGCAGCAAACUUCUGGCUAUCCCUGACAUGCCUUCUGACUGGCAAAGCAUUAUGGGAGUUGUAGUUACCCAAAAGCUGCAGAGCUACCUCUCGUCUGCUCUACUUCAGCACACUGCUGCUCAGUCUGUAAUAUAUGUGUGUGAGUAUCGAGAGGUUUUUGUUAGAUCUCUCUGCUUUUGAAACCAGUGUCUAAAGCUAGUCAAUAAAAAAAAAUGUAAAAAAUGUUCUUGGAUUCAUCUGUUUGUAUAUCUAUGCUUUCCAUUCCAUUUAGAUAACCAUCCUCUCCCCACCUGCCACACUGUGCGGUUUGCUUUACAGCAAAGAUCUUUGUAUGUUUCCUUUUCCAAAUACUAUUCCUAAUCUACUGGUUCCUUCUGGGUUUAUCAUAAUGCAGCCUCCACCAUACUCCCUACAAAUAGAAAAUACUAAUUAAAGGUUUGAGGCUUUUUCUAUUGAAAAUCACCUGUACAUACUCCACAGGAAAGACAACAGAAAUCAUCAAUAUGAUUUAUUGUAUUCAUUGAUAUCCAUUUACACUUCCUCUUUUAAAAAAUGCCAAACUAUAUGGGAGACUUGUGGGGAAAGCGGCAAUUUCUUAUAGCCUAUACAAGCACCACCAAUAAUUCUCUCCAACCCCAUAAUACUGGAAACCCUUCAAUACCCUGUUUUUAUUAUUAUAGUACAAUUAUUGACCAAUGCUAUUAAUCUGAUCGUACAUUGACUGCUGCUAAUCUGAUAGUGUUUGAGGAGCAACUUAAUUGGCAGUCAGAUAUUCAAUUCGACACUUAUUAUAAACCCAGUUAUUUUCUCCAGUAGUGUGCAAUGCCUGCCCCAAAGCAGAGCGGAGUUAGUGAGGCGCCAGGAUCCCUGUGAAGGAGGCUUCAGUCAGGCAAGUAGUAAAAACAGACAGACACACAGAUGUUGUUUGGAAAGCAGAUGUCAAUGCAGAGGUAAAUCAGACGCUGCCGUGCUGGACCUAUAUUUGGAGAGAAUAGAGUGAGUUUAGCAGCUCAAUAAACCCAAGGAUAAUAUCUGCAUUGUUGUGCAUGCCUUUAACACUGUAUACCCAAUAACAUAAUAGCUUAAAGGACACUGGGCCCUAUAGCUACUUAAUUAAAAUGAAGUUGUCUUGUGAGGUGGUCUCCGGUUACCUCAAGAGGGUAAACCGUUAAUGAACAGAUGCCCACCAACCGCAAUCCAAGCCUUAAACAGGGGAGCUCCUGAUAGACUGAGACCAUUAGAUGACCCACUACGCCAAUCAUUGGUUCCACAUUCACAGAACGGCUUGAGAAACACGUACGUCUCCCAAACCAUUUUGUAAAAGGGAAGCGAGAUCGUAGCUCUUAGCUUAUCAAUGGUGCCCCUGUCUGGGGUUUCCUGGUUCAAGCAUAGGAUUGCGGCGGAUGUUGUUGGGCAGAGCCAAUGGGCACCAGAUUUAAGAUUUGGGGGUUAAACUACUUGUUAACCGUUUAAGUCCUUGAGGUAAGCCAUUGCCCAGAGACCUCCUCACACCAUGACAACUUAAAGGGACAUUAUAGGCACCCAGAACACUUCAGCUCAUUGAAGUGGUCUAGGUGCUGUGUCCCUAUUGCCCUUAGUGCUGCAAUGUUAAACACUGCACUUCCAGAGAACUGUAAUGUUUACAUUGCAGCACUAAGUCUGGUAGACAGCCACUGGAGACGCAUCCUGUAUCCAAACAGACCUUUGGUCCAGGAAUCUGACGCUGGACGUCCUCAUGCUCAGCGUGAUGACAUCCAGCGCCAGAUUUUUUUCCCCAUAGGAAAGCAUUGAUUUAGUGAUUUCCUAUGGGGGAGGUCCAAUGCGUGUGCGGCAUUUGCAGCGCAUGCACAUUAGCGCCCGCUCGUCGCAGGACUGAGGCGGAGCCAUGACUCAGCGUAGAGGGACAUCAUCGCUAGAGUAAAUUAAGUAAAUUACUUAUGGUAUCCUUUUAAUUUAUGCUCCUUUAAAAUGGUAUUUGAGAUUAUCAGGGACAGGCAGAGUCAAUCACCAUGGGAAAACAAUUAGAAUUUACUGCUGAUUCCUAGACUUUCAGAACUCUAGAAUUGCUCUCUUUCUAAACAAUCCCUUUUAUUCCAUGGAUGCCAUCUGUUUCAGCUGGCCAAAGGAAGGAGACCUAUUUUAGGGUUGUGUUUAGACACAGGGUGAUAUUAGUUUAGUUUGUUUUUCUUUUUCCUUUUUUGUUUUUUCUUUCUUCAAUUCUUCAACCACUGUCUUCAAUGUAUUAAUUAGAGCCCUAAACUUCCCUUAUUAAAACAAUGUGGUCACCCCAACAUGUAAAAACCUUCUGAGCUGUCUAAGAUGUACAUCAUGAUUGGAAACAUGGAUUUAGGUUGUUUAGGUCUUAUAGAGUGACUGUCAAUAUAAUUAGGAAAUCGUGUGGAUACUAGUUUAAUUUCUAGGCAACAAAAAAUAAAGUACUAGCUAGCUAAAACUUCAUAACACUCUAUUUUUUUCACUUACAGAAUAACCAUAGAAGUAAUAAUAAUUAUC